GAAGUUCGUCCUAGUCUCGGCACUCACGAGGAUCGAGCUGCGCUCUGGAGUAAUAUGGACGUGAUUGACUGUUUUGCUACCGACCAUGCUCCUCAUAGCCCGUUGGAAAAGUCAAAUACCAAUGGUCAAGCCUUUCCAGGAUUUCCAGGGCUCGAGUCAGCCCUUCCGUUGUUACUUACUGCGGUCAACCAGAGCCGCCUUACCCUCGAUGACCUAGUUUCUCGCCUCUUUACGAAUCCUCGCCGAAUAUUUGGUCUACCACUAACCAACAGCGCUGGUGGUAAGAAGACUUCCGUUUAA